CUUCAGCCCUCCCGUUCUGGAACUGGGCCCAGGCCAGGUCUAGAAAGAAUGAAGAUGUGCUUCAUUCUUACUCAGGGCAGGAAGAGCCUUCAGUUUCCCCUUGCCAGCCAAGGGGGUCAGACCCUGCAGCCUCCCAUCUUCCUUUUCUUAGCUCCCCAAGUCCUACCCCCAGUAGGUGGCAGGAGUGGGGGGCAGACCUUGCCACAUCUCUGAGCUAAAUAUACUCCAGCCGUUUGCACAUGUAGCAACUCUGCUUGUAACCUGAGCCCCUGGGGGAACGGGCUGUGUGGGCCACCCUAGGCCAGCAGGGCUGGGCACUGAGGGUGCCGGGAUGGAGGCGCCCAGCCGGACCCUGGUAGUGGGCUCAGCAGAGUCCUACACAAGUCGCCCAUCAGACUCCGACGUGUCUCUGGAGGAGGACCGGGAAGCCUUAAGGAAGGAGGCAGAGCGCCAGGCCUUAGCCCAGCUUGAGAAAGCCAAGACCAAACCAGUGGCUUUUGCUGUGCGGACAAAUGUUGGCUACAAUCCGUCCCCAGGAGAUGAGGUGCCUGUGCAGGGAGUGGCCAUCACCUUUGAGCCCAAGGACUUCCUGCACAUCAAGGAGAAAUACAAUAACGACUGGUGGAUCGGGCGGCUGGUGAAGGAAGGCUGCGAGGUUGGCUUCAUCCCCAGCCCGGUCAAACUGGACAGCCUUCGCCUGCUGCAGGAACAGACCCUGCGUCAGAACCGCCUCAGCUCCAGCAAGUCAGGUGACAACUCCAGUUCCAGUCUGGGAGACGUGGUGACUGGCACUCGCCGCCCCACACCCCCUGCCAGUGGUAACGAAAUGACUAACUUAGCUUUUGAGCUAGACCCCCUAGAGUUAGAGGAUGAGGAGGCUGAGCUAGGGGAGCAGAGCGGCUCGGCCAAGACUAGUGUGAGCAGUGUCACCACGCCGCCACCCCACGGCAAGCGCAUACCCUUCUUUAAGAAGACAGAGCAUGUGCCCCCGUAUGACGUGGUGCCUUCCAUGAGGCCCAUCAUCCUGGUGGGACCAUCCCUCAAGGGCUAUGAGGUGACAGACAUGAUGCAGAAGGCACUGUUUGACUUUCUGAAGCAUCGGUUUGAUGGCAGGAUUUCCAUCACUCGGGUAACAGCCGACAUUUCCCUGGCCAAGCGCUCUGUCCUCAACAACCCCAGCAAACACAUUAUCAUUGAGCGCUCCAACACGCGCUCCAGCCUGGCUGAGGUGCAGAGUGAGAUUGAGCGGAUCUUCGAGCUGGCCCGGACCUUACAGCUGGUGGCCCUGGAUGCCGACACCAUCAACCACCCAGCUCAGCUCUCUAAGACGUCGCUGGCCCCCAUCAUUGUUUACAUCAAGAUCACAUCUCCCAAGGUACUGCAGAGGCUCAUCAAAUCCCGAGGGAAGUCUCAAUCCAAACACCUCAAUGUCCAAAUAGCAGCCUCGGAGAAGCUGGCCCAGUGUCCCCCCGAAAUGUUUGACAUAAUACUGGACGAGAACCAAUUGGAAGAUGCCUGCGAGCACCUGGCAGAGUACUUGGAAGCUUACUGGAAGGCCACACACCCGCCCAGCAGCACGCCACCCAAUCCGCUGCUGAACCGCACCAUGGCUACCGCAGCUCUGGCUGCCAGCCCUGCCCCGGUCUCCAACCUCCAGGGACCCUACCUUGCUUCCGGGGACCAGCCGCUGGACCGGGCCACUGGGGAGCACGCCAGCGUGCACGAGUACCCCGGGGAGCUGGGCCAGCCCCCGGGCCUUUACCCCAGCAACCACCCACCUGGCCGGGCAGGCACCCUGCGGGCACUGUCCCGACAAGACACGUUUGAUGCUGACACCCCCGGCAGCCGAAACUCUGCUUACACGGAGCCGGGAGACUCGUGUGUGGACAUGGAGACAGACCCCUCAGAGGGCCCAGGGCCUGGAGACCCUGCAGGGGGAGGCACACCACCAGCCCGGCAGGGUUCCUGGGAAGACGAGGAAGACUAUGAGGAGGAGAUGACCGACAACCGGAACAGGGGCCGGAAUAAGGGCCGUUACUGUGCAGAGGGUGGUGGGCCGGUUCUGGGGCGCAAUAAGAAUGAGCUGGAGGGCUGGGGACAAGGCGUCUACAUCCACUGAGAGGCAGGGGCAGCAUUGGGAGAGGAAAGGCUCUGAGCCCGGGGAGGGGAGAGAAGAGGGGCGCACCACCCCGAGAUAUGUCUUGCCUCUAGGGGGCGCUGUGACCCUCAUUUUUAGAUGCCUUUGCUCAAAGAAGGGUUUCUUUGGUGGUUAUCAUCCCAACUCCUGGGAGGCCCGAAACCCCCAGCUGUGGGUUCUUCCCUAACUGCUGUGAGUAGAUGGGGGAUACCUACUUUCUGAAGUGCCCCCUUUCCCCAUCUUAGGGGGCUCUCUCCCUCCCAGAGAAAAGGUGCGCUUCCUUAACUCUUUCUGCUCGGGGCUGUAAGUGAAGUUCCCAACGGGGAGGGGUGGGACUUCUUUUUACCAACAUAGGGGUGUUUGGGGAAGCUUGGGUGCUUUUCUUGAAGAGAGAGGCCGCUGAAUCUUCCCCAAAUCCCAGGCCAGGGUCCCAACCAUGUCCAUCCCAUAACCUGGUUUCCUAGCAGCAUUCUCUGGUGGGUGAAGGCCACAGCUUGGAAACCCAUGUGGAGCUUGCCCUGAGAGACAGGAAUCAGUUGUGCACUCUGCCCUCCAGGGUCAUGGCCAGAGCCCAGGCCCAGAGCCUUGAGGAGUGAGCAAACCAAGAUGCUGCCCCCCCAUAUCCAAGCCUUGCCUCCCCCAGGAAUGAGCUCUGUCUACAGCAUCCCCUGCCUGCUGCCAUCGGAAGAGAGGGGCCCUCUGCAUCUGAGCCCCACAUCUCCGUGCCACCUGGGUGUGGAGACCAUGAAUAUUUGGUCCACCUCAUUCUAAACCAAAAAAACUGUUCCUUCACCUUCGCCCUGAGGCCCCAGGGGAGAAGCUCUGUGGGUUGGUGCCCAAGAGGUGACAUCAUCCAGGGCCUGUCUGAGAGCCUCGGGUCUCCCCUGGGGGUCUUGGUUGCUGCUGCUUCUCUGUAUUUGCCUCUUGUGGUUCUGUCCUUUCCCGGUGUCCGCCCUCCCCCAGAGGCCUUGGCGGCCCCUCUCCCUUGGGUACCAUUAGCCUCAGCAUCCCCGUAGUCCAACAGCCCUGCCCCUCCCCAGCAUCACAGCUGGUCCAGAGAGAGCCGAUUGUGCCAACGAGGACUGGGCCCUGCCCAGCUGCCCACCUCAGGGAUGGGCACCUCACGCCUGUCUCGCCACCUGUGCCAAUGUUGUCCCACCCCUCACCUGGGGGCGGGGUUGCAGCUUCCACUUACAGGUUAGAAGAUAACACUGCCCAGCCUUUCGCUCCCUGUCUUGUCCUGUGCCCAUCCGUCUGUCUGUCUGUCUGUACUCCUCUAGGAGAGAUAUUUUGCCACAUAUAAAACCGCAGUCCUGUCCUUUGCGGCCA